AUGGCUGUCAAUCCUGUCCCGUCGCCUUACAUUGCCGUUUCCACAAAACAAUGGGAUGGAAUUGACGGCAACUGGUCAACCUUCCGCAUAUCAAUUGGCGAAUCUGAUGAGGCCCAGAAUUUUCGCGUGCUGGUCUCCACACGUGGAGCUUCGGCCUGGGUACCUCUACCCGGUGGUUGUGAGGACAAGGCUCAAGCUUGUCCGUCCUCACGUGGCGUUGAUCUCUUCCGCAGCCAACCGAGCACUGGAUUUCAGUCGGACGGGUCCUCCACGUGGAAUUUGAUCGGUAUUUUCAGUCUCGAUCUCGAAAACAAUCUCGGAUUCGCCAAUGAACGUGGAAAGUACGGCUACGACACAAUUCGGCUGGGGUUCAGCGAAGACAAAGACGCGUUGGAGAUAGAACAAAGCCUAGUCGUAGGCAUCCAUGGGACGAGCUACUGGAUCGGUUUGCUGGGCAUGAGCGCCGCCCGGUCCGUUUUGGAUCACGAUAACCCUCCAGGCCUGAUUGAGGUUCUCAAUGACGCGGGCAAGAUCCCAAGUCUAUCAUAUGGAUACACAGCCGGUGCCCAUUAUCGAGGGAUUCACGGAAGCCUCGUCAUCGGCGGCUAUGACCAAUCCCGCUUCCAACUCCCAGGACACAACUUCUCCUUCGCAGACAGCCAAGAUCAAUUCCUUAUCGUUGGCGUUCAAUCCAUCGAUACGAAUUUCAGUCUCACCGCAGUCGGCUCGCAGGAGUUGGUCGGCAACGGUCACUUGUCGUCCAUCGACUCCACUGUGUCAGAGCUUUGGCUCCCCGAGGAUGUUUGCAACAAUUUCGCAGCGGCCUUCGGUCUCAUCUACGAUGAGCGCAGCACCUAUUACACCAUCAACGAUACGAUGCACAACAAGCUACUUGCCGAGAACCCAACGCUCACAUUCAGGCUGGGAAACGGCAAAGACAACGACCCCAAACACAGCAUCCAAAUCGAACUGCCCUACGCGGCACUAGACCUCUUCGUAGAACCCCCAGCAUACCCAAACAAGACACGGUACUUCCCUGUACGUCGUGCAGAAAACGACACGCAGUACACCAUCGGCCGCACCCUGCUGCAGGAAGCGUACCUCACCGUCCACUACGAGCGGAACAACUUUUCCCUCGCACAAGCAAACUGGUCCGACCACGUCCCAGUCCCCGACAUCCGCACAAUCCACUCAACCAACUGGACGGCCCAGCACGCCGCUCGCUCUCUCAGCGGCGGCGCCGAGGCGGGCGUCGCCAUCGGAACCAUCGCCGGCGCCGUCCUCGUGCUCGGCGCCCUCUACCUCUACUGCUGGCGGCCGCGGCGGCUGGCCAAGGCGCUCAAGAAGCGGCCCAGCGUGGCCAGCCAGGCGCCGACGUACCAGGAGCCGCCACCGCACUACCAAGAAGCCAAGCAGUAUGACCCCUGGGGCCCCACCUCGAUGCAGCAGCACCAGCAGUCGAACCACGACGGGCGGCACGCUUCCAUGUUGGAAAUGCCGGCGGGCGCCGAACACCAGGCGAGGCGGCCCGAGCUAGACGGGGCGGGCGUGGGUGGUAGCUCAUACGAGCUUCCGGCACCGGUAGAGAUGAGAGAGGCAGAGGGUCAGACGGUACACGAGAUGGAUGUGGGAGGCGAUGGCGCUACGGAUGCUGCUGGUCAUGGAACUGGUGAUGAGGUGGAGAGAAGGUAG